AUGACCUGGCUAGAUGCUCAGAGCUACUGCAGAGAUAAUCACACUGACCUGAUCAGUGGAGUCAAACAGCUGAAAGACUUAAAGACACAGCACCCAAAUGUUGCAAACCAAAUUUUCUGGAUCGGCCUGUUCAGAGACUGCUGGAGUUGGUCAGAUGGGAGCAGUUUCUCUUUCAGACUCUGGGAUAAAGACCCUGAGAAGACAUGUGCUAUGACUACGUCAAAUGGAAAAUGGAGCUCUGAUGACUGUAAUAAUAAAAAACCCUUCUUCUGCUACAACGAUUCAGUGAUCCUGAUCAAGGAGAACAUGACCUGGGUGGACGCGUUAUAUUACUGCAGAGAUCACUAUCGUGACCUUGUCUCCAUCACCAACCAGGGCGAGCAGCUCUGGGUCCAGGAGAGAGCCAAGAUGGCCUCCACUCCCUACGUGUGGCUGGGACUGCGCUACACCUGCACUCUGGACUUCUGGUUCUGGGUCACUGACGAGACGGUCCUCUACACCAACUGGGGCCCCGACCAGUCUGGGGACGACUGCAACUUGUCUGGAGCCAUGGACAGAGAGGGAACGCACCAGUGGGUCAAAAUGAUCGACGACAACUACAAGUUUAAUUUCAUCUGUUCCAAGUAA